AUGUCGAGCUCGGCCAAGAAGGAGGCGAUCCUCCGCGACUUUCGACAACUAACCAGAGCCACCCCGCAAGAUGCACAUCGCAUCCUAAAGGCGCACGGCUACCGCCUCGAAGCCGCCACCAACGCCUUUUUCAGCGACGAUCAAGCGCAGCUCAACGCCCUCGCAUCCUCGAGCACGCUCGACAAGAAGACGGAGCGCGAGGUCACCCAACGUCUCAAUACGCUCUUUGACCGCUUCCGCGCCGCUGCCGAGGAAGACGACGACGACGACGACGAAGAUGCGGAAGCCAACGGGGCCAGGGCGGCCGAGGAUCCGGACGUGAUGAGCAUCGGUGGCGCGCUCAAGAUGUGCGAAGCGCUCGAGGUGAGCCCGGAAGAUGUAGUGUUCCUGCCGCUGUCGUUCUACCUGCGCUCUCCGUCGAUCGGCACGUUUACGCGCACCGACUACGUGGCGGGCUGGAAGAUGCUCGACCUGUCAGACACGCUCGAGAAGCAAAAGAAGACGAUCGAAAAGCUGCGCCAGGAGCUGCUCGAAAACAAACCGCUGAGGCUUGAGCGCGUGGCGCAGGAGAAGGCCGAUCCCGCCACCGCCUCGUCGGCCAACAAGGGGCUGUACGAAAAGGUGUACGAGUACACGUAUGCUUUUGCGCGGCAAGAAGGACAGAAGAGCCUGGCACUCGAGAAUGCACUCGCGUUCUGGGACCUCAUCCUGCCAGCGUCGCCGACCUUCAAGAAAGAGGGGAGCGACGGCACGUUUACACAGCACCAGCUGGACUUGUGGAAGAAGUUCUUGUCCGAACACACGGGCGGCCGCGCGGUCAGCAAGGAUACAUGGACGCAGUUCCUCGAUUUCACCAGGGAGAUCAACGCCGACUUUAGCAAUCACGACUUUGACGCGGCUUGGCCAUCGGUCAUCGACGACUUUGUCAUGUGGGCCAAGGACAACAUGGCAGCCGACGGCAUGGACACAAGUUGA